UAAACCGUGAAUGUCCGUGAACUUUUAGCUUCGAUCUAUCCGUUUUUGUGUGAUCUAAAUGGCGAUUGUUUUGCUUCUCGGUUCUGCCCGUGUCGUCGUGGUUGACAAAAAUAGGAACUUCAGUGGUUUCACUGUGUAGUGAUGAUAUGUUGGAAGUGCUUAUCAGUGCUGGUUUGGCGUAAAGGCAAAGUGCUGGCUCAAGUGCGAAGAUAGAAAACUUCUGGUUGUAGUGUUUUCCUAGAGCUGGAUAAUUUCGUGCUCUGUGGCAAAAACUGGUUCGCUGAAAAGGGGUGGCAAAAUCAAGUUUCAAUCGUUUUGCAUGCAUGUGUUGUUGCUUGCUUGCUUGCUGCAUUAGAGAUGUAGCCCGCGAUAGGCUGUUGGAAUGGAAUUUCGUUCUCGCCUGAUUCCCACAGCGAAAAUACAAUAAUAGACAAGCAUAGCUUUUAUUGAGAUCGUUCGUUCGUUCGGGCUGGAACAAUUCAGGAUCCAACGACGGAAGAAACCAUGUAAAGAGCUUCUGAGUGGACUAAUUGAUCGACCGUACGGAAAUCGCAAAGGAUGGUCAGUGCAAUUAAUAAGUGAGGCGCCGCUGGCGAGUGAUGAAAGUUUGUUUUGAUUAAAUUGGUGCAUAGUUUUCGGGAAAGUUUAUGCUACGAAACUCCGUCUUUUUUGCGGUGUUAUUUUGUAUCUUUUAUCGGGGGUUUCUCGAGGUGCACCCGAAACCCGGGAGAUGGUAUUUGACAGCGUUAGCUGGUGGUGUGCGUGUUGUGCAACUUUUUUUUGCUGUACAUAGCCAAAUGAAACAAAAUUUAAUUGGAAAAAAUAGUCUACGGUAAGGUAAUUGAAGAAGGCCUUGCGAAUAUAUUGUGUGAAUGUGUUUUUUUUCGACGGUGUACUGUGGUGGGUAGAUAUUUAUCUAUGGGGUUAUUUUGAAAAAUGAUUAGAUAUUUUUGUUGCUACGUUGUGUUAUGUCUGUUGCGGAUGGUCGCUAGUGUUAGUGCCGCCGGUUUGUGUAAUCGCAGUACACCCAGUCAGUGCGCCCGAUCAAUUGUUCCAGUCACAUAAACAAUGAAGUGCUCGGGUACAUAACAUAAACCUCGGUUCGUUUCUAAGGUCCAAAAGAGCCUAGCUGCGUACAAGGCUGAAAACAUACUAUUUUUCGAGAUCCCGCAACACACACAGCGAAACAUCGAUUUUUUGCGACUCAGGGCAAAUGAUAUAAAAAUAGAGGACCAUCGAGCUACGAGCGCCUAUCAGCAACGCUACACAACGGUCUGUGCUGUAAAGCUGCAGUGAUUUUGCAUACAUAAACAGACAGACCCAGGGUCUCACAAUGAAGGAGGAACCCAAUCUAGCUUCGGCCGUGGGAGGAGAGGUUGCCUCCUUUCAGGGGCAAAACCAGGCGCCGGCACAGCAACGUCAACCACGCACAACCUCGAUCACCAGCUAUGACUCCGAGAGCGACGAUAAUACACAGCAAGGAUCUUCGGCCGGUCCGGCGGCUGGUAAUGGCAGAAAGGAUUCCGACGGAGAGCGGUCGGAUGUCGGUGCUAGUAACAGUGCUUCCAAAUACGACUAUGAUGACUCCAAAGCCGCUUGUAAAAUCCUAAAUGGCCGUGAGGCAAGAAAUCGGGCCGAGAAAAACCGCCGUGACAAGCUGAACGGAUCGAUCCAGGAGCUGUCCGGCAUAGUGCCACACGUUGCCGAAUCCCCCCGGCGGGUAGACAAGACGGCGGUGCUGCGCUUUUCGGCCCACGCACUUCGGGUGGAUUAUGUUUUCGGUAAAUCACAACCGGAACCCGCGGAUGCGAUCAAACCGGAAGUACAGGAUAGCUUGUUUCGUAUGCUGAAUGGAUUUCUGCUGACGGUAACCUGCAGAGGACAGAUCGUGCUAGUGUCCGCAUCGGUUGAGCAGUUCCUGGGUCACUGUCAGACCGAUCUUUACGGGCAAAAUUUGUUCAAUCUCAUCCAUCCGGACGACAUCAACUUGCUCAAACAACAGCUGGUUCCCAGCAAUAUAGUCAAUUUGUUCGAUUCCUCGUCGCCGGCAGCAUCGACGUCUGCCGCCCGUACACCAGCCGCUCCCGUUGUCGACGCCGGGGAGGAAUUGCACAGGCGAACCCAGGAGGAGGAGGAAGAGAUCGACCGGAAAUUAAGACAGGAUAGAAGGAAAUUUUCGAUCAGGAUCGCCCGAGCCGGUCCCCGCUCGGAACCGACCGCAUACGAGCUAGUCACAAUCGACGGAUGCUUUCGGCGUGCGGAUGCUGCACCCCGUGGGGUAAAACCCAGCGGUCCUUCGGGACUGCAGCUACUGAGGAGGGCCCGUGGCCGAGACGAUGGGAUUUCACUACACAGUAUAAAUGGGAACGAUAUUGUUCUAGUAGCGAUGGCACGUGUGCAGAAGGUGCCAUCGAUUUGUGAUCGACUGAUUGAGGCUUGCAAGUAUGAGUACAAAACGCGUCAUCUGAUUGAUGGCAGAAUAGUGCAAUGUGACCACCGGAUAUCGAUGGUAGCAGGUUAUAUGACGAGCGAGGUGUCCGGUUUGUCUCCCUUUACCUUUAUGCACAAGGACGAUGUGCGGUGGGUGAUCGUGGCACUAAGGCAAAUGUACGACUACAACCAGAAAGACGGUGAAUCCUGCUACCGGCUUAUGACCCGUACCGGUGACUUUGUCUACCUAAAAACCCGCGGCUAUUUGGAAGUUGACAACGACACGAAGGUGGUGCAGUCAUUCGUUUGCAUUAACACGCUCGUAUCGGAAGAGGAAGGCCGUCGGCUGGUGCGAGGGAUGAAACGCAAAUUCUCCGUCAUUGUUGAUCAGAAAGAACUUCCCGACGAAAGUGACGAACCUUCAGUGGAAAAUCCGCAGCAAAUCGAACGGGCAGUGAUGAAUCUGAUUACGAAUUUGCAUCCGGAUGAAAAUGGUUUGGGCUUAGACCGUUCGGGCCACGGUUUUGCUCGGUCUCCCCUACCGGAGUCCUCGGAGAAAACUUCACUUGCAAUAAUCGCACCGAAACCAAGUCAAGUAAAGUCGGCCAUCGUCAAAAGCAUGAACGUGAUUGCGAUCGCAUCCAAAAGGUUGAGCGAAAACGGAAAUUGCUCACCGGGGCGGAACGGACCUAGCUUCAAGAGGAAGGAACAUCCUGACUCGGAAAACAUCACAAGUGCCACGACGCAACGUCCGUCCGUGCUGCAAAAGGUGCAAAACCAAAGCCCCGUCCACGAGUCCCGUGUGCCACCACUGCCAAGUUCGGAACAUUACUUCACGCAGCCUUUUUCGCCGGCCAGCAACAGCAGCAGUAGCAGUAGCGUGGGCUGCGGCAAUUCCAUUCUAUCACCCGCAUCACAACAUCAAUUUCAACGGAACAGUCGCAGUCCGUUCGGGGGAAGUGUUCCACCGGCUUCCCCUCCCGCCAUAGCGACCACCUCGGCCUCGUACUCGCGAAUAGCGAACCUAGAUAACACUGCAAGUGGCCAUACACGCACCACGAGUGUGCUGAAGAGGACAUACAGCAACAGUAGCAUCAGCAGUAGUUACGACAGCGCCGGCAACGCCGGCGAUUACAUCGAGCUGAAACGGUGCAAAACUAGUCACCCCGAUCUGAGUGCCUGUCUGAACGAGCUAAUCAAUCCGGCUUCAGAUCUCACAACGAUGCUACCGAACGCACUGAAUGCGGUGGAUCAGUCACUUCUGACUAUCGAAAACACCACCGCGCUGAUGCGCGAUCAAGUCAGCGGAUACGAAGGCUUGCAGCAUUCCCAGCACCACCGGCUUGAACGGAUAGUGGAGGAGCAACAGGAGCAGCGCGAAAUACUACAGUCAAUUCAGCAGGAGUACGCCUUCCAGAUUCAGACCAACGGUGGCGUGCACGAUAGUCCCCGCAUUCCGGAGGAGGAGGAGGAAGACGCCAUGAUUCUGGAGGGCCUGGAGGGGGCAGCCGUAGCGGACAUGAUGCUGGUGGACGAAGCUGCGGUAGCAAACGCCGCCGUCAUUCCAUUGGGAAGCAGCAGCAGCAGCCGGACGGGCGACGGUAAUCUUGCCCGGCAAUCCAGUGGUGGCGAUUGCCUCAGUCCGGCCUCCGAUUCGCCGGUCAGUUCGCUGGGCUCACCGGCGACUGCAUCCUCCGUUAUUACGACCAGCCGAGUACGGAUGGACGGAUCGACAACGUACCGAGCUGGUGAACUGAAUCCGAGUUAAUGGUCACUCUCGCAAGGUGGAUUACAGAUGACUCUGGUGUCGACGAGCUUAUUUCGAUCAAUUGUUUGUGUUUUGGAAAAUCCGGACAAUUUUGUGCAAUCUGUCGGGCAGCUGUACUAAGCUGGAGGGCAGCUCAGUGUGUUGGUUACCAAUGUUUACAAACGAAUGUUCUAAGUCCAAUCAUACAAAGAAUAUGUAUAUGCUAACUUUCGAGAAUUGUGUACAGCUUACACACACACGUAUGUGGUUUAGUGAGAUGAAUAGGAAAUAUGUGAGUGAUAUGAGUUUUUCACAUUGAAAUUGAUAGUAUUGUUCCCAUCCAUUGCAAUUUUCCAACCUAGCGAAAAUUGAUUACAUAAUAACGAUAGAGAGAGAGUCCUCAUGGAUCAAUGGUACUGGACUAAAUAUAAUGAUUUGUUACUAGUUUAAAAAUGUUUAAUUCAUGAUUAAAUUUUUUAAGAUCCCUAAUUUUUCAUAGCUGUAAUAUGAAAAACUCUAUAUGCCGACAAACUAGCAGGAGGCGAGUCUAGGCUUAGAUACGUGCAAUCAUUAAACCGUGCACGAGGAUGAUGUUUUCUUCUAGUAGGCAAACACUAUAUUUUAGGUAAAUUUUACCAUGCACGAGCAGAGUCUGCGUGGAAGAGUACAUAUAUUACGAUAAUUUCACACCGAAAUUUAACGACGGCGUUGUUAGCAGGAUAAUGCGGCCGGUUUAUGUUUACGGAUUCAAAUCACGCAAGGAAAAAAAUACAACAAAAACACAUUCAACAAUUUCUAACGCAAGCGAGAUGGAAACCAACCAACCAACCAACCCAUAAUGAACCUGUCUGUAUUGUUUAAUUUAGUGUUUAAGAGACUAAACAAACUCAGAACACGUGGUGUGAUAACUAAAGAAUCGAAAAAAAAGAUACCAUAGGUGGCAUGUGAAUUGCUUUGCAUUUUAUUC